AUGCGCAAAACAGAAUGCUACAUGUUUGGGUUGACCUCUAGUCUCCAAAGCCAUUAUGAUGCACUCCCUCCUGCUCUCUUCGCGUCAGUCGGAGAGCUUGACAUGGCGGGAUAUACGUACAACACCCAGUUUCACAGUGUGAAAAUCGUACUGCAUCGCGCGCUACUCCAAUCGACACUCGGACAAGACCACGAAAAUGCUGCCCCGAUCAACGACACCUAUCAGUAUACUCCGUCCAACUCGUCGAAGGUCAUCUACGAAAGCGCAGUCUAUCUAACCAAUUCAAUACUCACCUACAAGGAAAUAUUUGGCCCCGAUAAGAUGGUCCCGCUCAUGGUAUACAGUAUCUACAUGGCAGCUACUUCUCUCGUCAACCACGUUCUUUCCCUCCACAACCUCGGUGCUCCUGCUGACCGUGACGAGAAACGCAUUCGACUCCUGAUCGACACGCUCACUCAGAUCCGAGCGCACUUUCCCGUCGCCUCUCGCAUGUGCCAGACCAUAUUGGAAAGUUUUGGUGCCCCUUAA